UCAUAUAUAUAUAUAUAUAUAUAUAUAUAUAUAAGUACCAUGGUUCUCAAUUCUCAUCUAUCUCUCAACUUCAAUUCCAAAGACAAGAUUUCUAAACCACCCAAAUUAAAAUGACGAUGGUAGAGAUGAGAGUAAACAUGGACUGCGAAGGCUGCGCCUCCAAGAUAAAGAAAGCUCUUGGAAAACUCAAGGGAAUAGACAGUGUAGACAUAGACAUGGACAUGCAAAAGGUAACAGUAAUGGGUUGGGCAGCGUCAGACCAGAAGAAGGUCCUGAAAACAGUGAGGAAAACAGGGAGAAGAGCAGAGCUGUGGCCAUAUCCCUAUAACCCUGAGAAUCAAUUUUACUACGAAUACUAUCAAAGCCAACCUACGAUUAAUUACCAUGCAACUGGACGUUCAUCAUCCUACAACUACUACAAGCAUGGCUAUGAUGGUCAUGAUCAUGGUUACUAUCAGCUACCGCCUUAUUCAACUCUUGUUGAUGUACAAGCCAGCUCUAUCUUCAGCGAUGAAAAUCCUCAUGCUUGCUCCAUAAUGUGAGCUAUAUAUAUAUGUGUGUAAAUAAACUAAUAAUGGCAUUUUAAGCAUGUGCGUAAUUUUUUUUCCUUAUUAUUCAAUUUCUUUUUGGGGUUCUAAUUCCCUUCUAAGAAUUGUAUGAAUUUUGUGUGUUGAAAAAUUUCUUUGUACCUUCGGCUAGUAUUUGUUUAGGUCCACUUCCGCUUUGCAAGUGCUAUUGUUGCUCAACAAUUUCAAUUUCAUUUUCUUUUUUUUUUU